AUGGAAGCUUGUCACUCUCCAGAGCAAUUUAAUAUCACCUUAUACAUGGCCACAUUUGUUGCCGUCGUCACCCUUGAGGCAUUUGCUGGCAUGUGGAUAAAUGCUUUCAUUGUUUCUGUGACUUGCAUGUCCUGGGUGAGAAAGAAAACCUUGAAGUCUAACGAGAAGGUCUUAUUGGUUGUGGGAUUCUCCAGGUUUUGGUAUUUGUGCAUCUCAUGGAUAUAUUCCCUCCUUGCAAUAAUUUCUUUCAAAUACCUUCAUUUUCACCAAACACUUCAAGUUGUUCUAUUUAUUUAUACCUUCCUUAAUUAUUUCAACUUGUGCGUUUCAGCCUGUCUUUGUGUCUUUUAUUGUAUAAAAAUUGCCACUUUCAUAUCGAACAGCUUCUUCAUCUACCUGAAGGUAAAAAUUGACAGGAUGGUGCCCUGGCUCUUGUCGGGGUCAGUGCUUUUUGCCUUGGCUAUCAGUAUCCUUGCCUAUGAUAUUGCUUGAAAACUGCACAGUAAGGAUCGCAAUUCCACCUGUCCAUUAAAUUUUUUGAAGGAAAGUAUCAAAAUUCAUGAACAUUUUUUCCAUAUUUAUUUCAUCACUGACUUUGGAUAUGCUGCUUCAUUCAUGGCGGUCAUCUUCUCUUCCCUUCUCCUUCUCUUUUCUCUCUGGAGACACAGAUGCAACAUGCAGACAAACUCCAUGAAGGACCUCAGCAUGGAUGCCCACAUCAAAGCCAUAAAAUCCGUUCUCUCCUUCGUAAUUGUCGUGGUUUUGCCCACCAUAAUGUACAGCAUCAAAUUUAUAUGUUUGAUCUUGACAACAAUUUAUUCUGUUAAGAAUGAAAAUGCUGUGAUAUUUCUUGUAUUCGUGUAUCUGUAUGCUUUUCCAGGUCUUCAUUCCCUUGUUCUGAUUUUCAGCAAUCCCAAACUGAAAAACACACUGCUAAGGAUUCUGCCCUGUGUGAAGUGCAAGGUUUGCAUGAGGUAG